GCCUCCCGGCACAGAUGACCUCAUGCUGGGAAGGAGGAGGAGUCCAGCGUCCGCUCAGUCUACCUUGGUGGUGCAUCAAGUGGGAGCUUGUGUAUGGAGUUACAUUCAAGUACCGAGGAAAAGUUGUUUUUAAGAGGGCGCUUACUCCCAUGACAUUUAUCAGCUUCAAGGUCUCUGCAGAGGGGAUUCCAGGAAAAUUGCCAUGUUCAGGGCAGUUCUGAAAAAGAACAGAGAUGGAGGCAAGGCGAGCAGGAAGGAUUCAGGAGAUAUUCAUAGCCACAGUACCCAAAGAAGAUUCCCACCUGAAGGAAACCCUCAGCCCCCAGGCCUUGGCAGCGGCCACCCUAAUGUUCCAGAUGAUGUUUUCAGACUAAGCCUUGCUAAGGGAGCGUCUAUGUCUCUGCCCUCUUCACCUCUUCUUCCACGACAGUCCUACAUGUUGCCAUUACGACAGAGCAAAAGAUCUCCAGGUCCAGUCAGGAAGCCCAAGUAUGUGGAGAGUCCUCGCGUCCCUUCUGAUGCCAUUGUUUCAGCGCUGAGGAAAGUGGGUGACAAGAAGGAGUCCCCCCACAAUGAGCGUCAAACAGAGAAACAGCCAAGCUCCUCCUCCUCCUCCUCCUCCUCCCCCGCCACUCAGGAACUGAUGACAAGGCUGGGCUUCUUACUGGGAGAAGGCAUCCCAGGUUCGGCGCGCAUACCCAUGGACGACAAGAAUGAAAAGAAGUGCUCGAUGACAAGCCAGGGCAUCAGCCCCUGUUCCACGCUAACCAGCAGCACUGCAUCGCCCUGCACUGACAGCCCGUGUUCCACACUCAACAGCACCAUAAGCCGCCCCCCUCUCAGUCACGCCAGCCCUUGUGGAACCAUCACCAGCCCCAGCUCCACGCUCGAGAGUAAGGACAGUGGAAUAAUAGCCACUAUCACCAGCUCCUCGGAAAAUGACGACCGAAGUGGCUCCAGCCUGGAGUGGAGCAAGGAUGGCAGCCUGAGAGGCAACGGUCGCCAUGGCCUGGCACAGACUAUGCGGGCUGACACCUGCUCUCCUGUGGCGGAAGAAGACUCCAACAGCGCGUCUGCCACGUCGCCCGACAACCCUGCCAGGACAGACCAGCAGCAGCAUGGUGGCGCAUCGGCGGUUGCUGUAGGACCGCCACAAUCAUCAUGUCACACGUCAGAUGGACUAAAUCAAUACUCGCAACAGACAUCCUCUCUCAUGAUGAUGCCGAGGCCCAACUCUGUAGCAGCGACCAGCUCCACAAAGCUGGAAGACCUGAGCUAUCUCGAUGAACAACGCAACACACCCCUGCGGACAUCCAUUCGCCUCCCUUGGCACAACACAGGGGGAAGGCCACCUCAGGACUCUAAAGGUGAUUACAGUGUGUUCUUACUGAACCAGAAUUUCAAUGCUUUUAGGUACAAUGUCGCUAAUUCCUGUCAUUUGUGUCAAACUUUAGGUCGCUUCUCUCCCUACAAGCCCGUGGACAUCAUGCUCAAGCCUUUAUUGUUUGAGGUGCCCAGCAUCACCAUGGAUUCUGUGUUUGUGGGCCGGGAUUGGCUUUUCCAGAAGCUGGAAGACGUCUUGAAGGGCAGUGAGUCCACAGAGAGCCACGGCGCUGUGGUGGUGGGCAGCGUGGGUUACGGGAAGACGGCAAUCAUCUCCCGGCUGGUGGCACUGAGCUGCCAUGGAGGACGCAUGCGGCAGAUUGCAUCUAACAGUCCCAGUGCCUCCCCUAAAAGUGGCGUAGGGUCAAGCUCAGAGCUUCCUCUUAGCCAGCCGCCACAGCCCACUCCACCCUCCAGUGCUACCAACACAUUGAGAACCAACAGCUGCCCUGGGACCCCCGAAAUCCAGCGGCGUAGGGAAGAGGCUGUCAAACGGCUGGCCGCUAAGGUUGUGGCAUAUCACUACUGCCAAGCAGACAACACUUACACUUGUUUGGUACCAGAGUUUGUGCACAGCAUUGCCGCCCUGCUGUGCCGAGCACACCAGCUUAAUGCAUACCGGGAACUCCUGCUGAAAGAGCCCCACCUUCAGAGCAUGCUCAGUCUGCGCUCCUGUGUCCAAGACCCGAUGGCUGCUUUCCGGAGGGGUGUUCUCGAGCCCCUGGGCAACCUUCGUAAAGAACGGAAGAUUCCAGAGGAGGAUCUCAUCAUCUUGAUAGACGGACUGAACGAAGCUGAAUUCCAUAAGCCAGACUAUGGAGACACCAUUGCCUCCUUUAUUACAAAGAUCAUACCCAAGUUUCCUCCCUGGUUAAAAGUGGUGGUCACUGUUCGUGUCAGCUUACUGGAGAUCACCAGCCUUCUGCCCUUCUCUAACAUCUCACUGGAUGACUUUGCGGACAACAAAGAGAUAAGCAAUGACCUUAACGCCUAUAUCCAGUACCGCAUUAGCGGCACCAAGGAUAUCAUAAACAACAUUAGUCUCAAUGGUAAAGCGGAUCCGAUCACCAUAGGAAAACUCAGUAGCCACCUGAUCUCUCGCAGUCAGGGUUCCUACCUGUAUCUCAAACUCACCCUGGAUCUAUUUGAGAGGGGCCACUUGGUAAUCAAGAGUUCCAGCUACAAAGUUGUGCCCGUCUCGCUGGCCGAGCUCUACCAGCUGCAGUGCAACAUGAAGUUCAUGACAAACUCAGCCUUUGAGCGCUCUCUGCCCAUCCUCAACGUAGCGCUGGCCUCGCUGCACCCCAUGACCGACGAGCAGCUGUUCCAGGCCAUUAAUGCUUGCAAUAUCCAAGGCGAGCUGCACUGGGAGGACUUCCAGCAACGCAUGGACUUGCUCUCAGGCUUCCUCAUCAGACGUCGCGACAAGACGCGCAUGUUUUGCCACCCUUCCUUCAGAGAGUGGCUCGUGUGGAGGGCGGAUGGAGAGAGUACGGACUUCCUCUGCGACCCGAGGGCUGGUCAUGCUCUCAUUGCAUUCAUGCUGUCCCGUCAAGAAGGGAAACUGAAUCGACAACAGACCAUGGAAUUGGGACACCAUAUUCUCAAGGCACAUAUCUUCAAGGGCCUAAGUAAGAAAACAGGUGUGUCCUCCAGUGUGCUGCAAGCUUUGUGGAUCAGCUGCAGUGCCGACGGCCUUUCUGCAGCCUUGGCAUCCCUGAGGAACCUUUACACUCCCAACGUGAAGGUGAGCCGUCUGCUGAUGCUGGGUGGAGCCAAUGUCAAUUACCGCACCGAGGUGCUGAACAACGCACCGGUCAUUUGCGUCCAGUGUCACCUCGGCCACCAGGAGAUCGUCUCCUUGCUGAUGGAGUUUGGCGCCAGCGUUGAGGUGGUGUCUGAAAAUGGUAUGAAUCCACUGUGCUACUCGGCAGCCGCAGGACACCUGGGCCUCGUCAUGAUGCUGUGCAAGCGGGGGGCCAUGGUUGACCAUGUGGAUAAGAGUGGCCAGUGUGCUCUUGUGCACGCCGCUCUCCGAGGACAUCUCGAGAUUAUCCAGUACCUGCUUGAGAUGGAAUGGAGCGCCGAGGGGCAGCAGGAGGACAGCGCUUUGAAGAGCAAAGCCCUGCAGCAGGCUUUGAUAGCAGCGGCCAGCAUGGGGCACACACAGGUUGUAAGGGGCUUGCUGGCAGUGAAUAAUGAGUACGCUGUGCAAAUUGAUAGCCACGACACUCUGUGGGGAGAGACAGCAUUGACAGCAGCAGCCGGCCGAGGGAAGAUGGACGUCUGCAGCUUUCUGCUGGAGCAGGGGGUAAUGGUGCAGCAGGUCAACCGGCGGGGGGUGUCUCCUCUAUUCUGUGCCGUCAGGCAGGGACACUGGCAGAUUGCAGAGCUGCUGUUGCAGCACGGUGCGGACAUUAACAUCAGUGACAAACAGGGCAGAACAUUGCUGAUGGUGGCGGCCUGCGAGGGUCACCUAACUACUGUUGAGUUUCUUCUCUCGAAAGGUGCAUCUUUGACUUCCAUGGACAAGGAAGGGCUGACGGGCCUCAGCUGGGCGUGUUUAAAAGGACAAAAGAACGUCGUGCAGCUUUUAGUGGAGAAAGGCUCAGUGAUCGACCACACCGAUAAAAAUGGGCGAACUCCGCUGGACCUGGCUGCCUUCUUUGGAGAUGCAGAGAUUGUCCAGUAUUUGGUGGAAAAAGGAGCGGUGGUGGAGCACGUGGACUACAGCGGGAUGAGGCCCCUGGACCGAGCCAUUGGCUGUCGGAACACAUCAGUAGUGGUCACCCUGCUGAAGAAAGGGGCCAAGCUGGGCCACAGAACGUCUCCUUACGAUCGAUCAGGGAACGCUGCUUGGGCCAUGGCGACCUCCAAACCUGAUAUCCUCAUCAUCCUGCUUCAAAAGUUGAUGGAGGAAGGGAACCUGCUUUACAAGAAAGGCAAGAUGAAGGAGGCGGCUCAGAGGUACCAGUACGCUUUGAGGAAGUUUCCCAGGGAGGGCUUUGGCGACGACCUGAAGGCGUUCAAAGACCUGAGGGUCUCUCUGUACCUCAAUCUCUCCCGCUGCCGCAGAAAAACCAACGACUUUGGGAUGGCUGAGGAGUUUGCAACAAAAGCACUGGAGCUGAAACCAAAAUCCUAUGAGGCCUACUACGCUCGUGCACGCGCUAAGAGGAGCAGCAGGCAGUUUUCUGCGGCACUCGCUGACUUGCACGAAGCAGCCAAGUUGUGUCCCAACAACCGCGAGAUCCGUCGCUUGCUGGCCCGUGUGGAGGACGAGUGUAAACAGAUGCAGCGCGCUCAGACCAAAGGAAGCUUGGACGGAGCCACGAUGGGCGCCGCCUGCAGCCAAGCCUCGGGAGGUCCCGACUCUGACCAGGAGCAUGAUGAAGGUCAGGAGGAGUCUUCUGAGUGGAGCCAGAGAGACAUCCUGGAGGAAGACAUCGGCGAGCGGACGGCGGAGGCGUGCCGGUCGUUUAGCAGAGCGUCUGAAGGUGCCGGAAGCAACGUGAGUCAUCACAACCCCGGCAGGCUUCCUCCUCACCGCUACCCUCGGGAGCACCGGGACGCCAUGACCCCUCAAGGCCUGGUGCUGCAGCCCACCAAGCAGGCCCAGAUUGUCAAGACCAACCAACACAUGAGCUCCAUGCAGGCAGGGGGCGGAGCCAAAUCCCAGUAUGCUCCUUCCAGCCCGUUACCUAGCCGACACAUGUCCAGCAUGCUGAAGCCCGGUCCAGGAAUCGACAUCAGUCCGCUCCCGACUCCGACCGAUGAGCCGGUCUAUGGGACCCGCUUGACUCACUGUGACGAGAGCCUGCACUCCUCUCAGGCCUCAAAGGUUCUGUCGGCACACUCCGCCUCCUCUCUGGAUGUCUGCUCAGGUCCUGGUGCACAUCCUGAGGCGAGCAAGGAGGCAGGCAUGCGUGUGUCCAGCUCCACCAGCAGCUUGGCCUCCAGCAGCAGCCUGUCAGACAGCGGCAAGCUGGGCCCGGAUGUCCGCUCCAAAGACAAGUCCAAACACGGCCAGCAGGGCGGCACCCCAGCAGAGUACAAGCCCAGACCCUUCAUGGGCGUCACAGACAAGACAGCCCGCUUUCAGCAGCCGGUCGCUCGCAGCCGGAUCGCCUCAGACGCGCCAUCACUCGACAUCGAGCCACCAUAUGGGAAAAUGGCGAGCUCUUACCACGAGCAGCACAGAGCGCCGCCUGCAGCUGUCAUGGCCGCCAUGAGUAGCGUGCAGAAUGGCAUGCAGCAUGCCAAGGAGUACUCCUUCUGCCAAGCCGCCAACUGUUACAAAGAGUCCAAGCCGGCGCUGCAGCACGCCUUCAUGGACGCCAAGUCCAAGCAGGGCGCCAACCCCGCCCUUCACAUCACGUCCAUGAAGCCAAAGCGAUCCUUUAUCGAGUCCAAUGUGUAGGAGAAGCAAGGAGAAACCUUGACGCUUCUGUUACAAGAUUGCCACUUUGCACUGACGGUUGGGCGGGGGAGGGCGGGGCCAUGUGGACGGAACGUGUCCACAGAGUCCUGACGAGAGAAGAAACAGAAGCGGUCAUUCCGGUGUUCCAGCAAGCUUCCUCCUGUUGUGUCUUUGUAGAAAUAUGUACUUUUUCCAUCCUUUUUUGAGUUUUAUGCACAAUGUUUAAAAAGGAAAAAGCACAUUUGUUAAAUAUGUUUGUACAGGAGAAGAAUCAGCAUUAACACAGACUUGAAAGUCUCUGGUGUAUCUGCUUGUUGUUGCUGUCUAGAUUAAUUUAUUUACCAAUGGCUUCAAUGUAAGAGCAAUAUAUUUUAUAUAGUUAUUUUUGCACAGCUACUAAGACAUUUUAAGGAUUCUCGUAUCUUAUUGGGUUUAAGUGCAUGCUACGUUUCGCAGUUUACGUUAUAUCUCAUUUGGGGUCCCAUUCACUCUAAUUUCAUAUGGAUGUUCAACGCAACUGUUCAAUGCCAUGUUUGAUUGUUUUCAGUAUUGUGAGCUUUGCUAGCUGUGAUCACAUACUGUAAAGGAGUUCUGCUGCCAUGGCAACCAUGGCAGACAAAUAAAAGACCCGCUGAGGGACAACAGACACGUCUACUUUGACUUGUUCCAAAAACAAGGAAAAAACAGUGUGCUAAUACAAGGAAGGUGAUUUGUUUUAUUUGAUAUUCUUAUUUGACACACAGUUUUAAGUUGAUUAAACUCACUUUUAAUGUUCUCAUACAUACAACAUCAUCCACUUAUUUGGGUGGAAAUCUGUAAAAAAACACUUUCCUUACAUUAUAUGCCCAAUAUUGCAUCAUGAUUCUAACCUCUGAUCAAAAAUGACGUCAUAUCAAUAUUGGAC